UUCACUCAUUCAUUCAUUCAUUUACUUUCAUUAUCAAUUCAUCAUAAUAUGCUUUCUAUCUAACUUUACAUUACAAAUAGUUUUCUUCAUUCACUUAAAUUAUGGCUGCUAGUGCUACCAAUGAUCAUAAUCAAUGGAAGCAAUUCUAUAAUCAGCACCAAACUCAUCAAAUGACGGCGGCGGCGGCGGCAACAACCACCAUGGUGGCAGCAUCAUCAUCAUCAGAUAGUAUUUUGAGUCCAAAAGGAAGUGGUGUUACAAAACCAAUUAGAAGAAGAUCAAGAGCAUCAAAGAAAACACCAACAACACUUCUCAAUGCAAACACCACCAAUUUUAGGGCAUUGGUGCAACAAUUCACAGGGUGUCCUAAUAGCAACAACAGCAUUAUGUCAUGUUCAUCACUAAUUGGGGUCCAUAACAAAGGUCCUAUUACCUUAAAUUUCCAACAAGGUUCAUCAUCAUCAGCAGCAAGAAGAACAAUAAUUCCAUCAUCAUUUGUUGUUGGUGGGGGAAGUGGAAGAGAUUAUUGUUAUGAUGAUCAUAACCAGGGUCAACAACAAUUAGCUGCUACUACUACUACUAAUAAUAAUUCUCUUUUUCCAUGGCAGAAGCAACAGGAUCAUCAAUUGCAAGAGCAAGAGAGUGGUUACUCUUUUGAUGAGUAUGUUAUGAAGAACAGUUAUAAUAGUGAUGAUCAUGGCAUGAUGAUGAUCAUGGAUAAUGAUUUUAGUUUGCAUGAUCUUGCUGUCAAUAAUAAUGCCUUCCCUGAUCAUGAUACUUACUAAUAAGAAUUAGUGAGUGGUAUCAGUAAUUAAUUAUUAGUUAUAUAUAUUAUGUAAUGAAACUAUG